CUAACUCAAACUAUUGAUAAAAUUAUAAUGCAAAUGAUUGAGAAAGUGGAAUGCAACAAUAAGCCAAAUCAAACUAUCAAUAAACUCUUAAUACAAGAGUUUGGAAAGGGUUUCAAAACUUAUAUAGAAAAGCCAGAACAAGAUUACAAUUUGGAGAUUGAAUCUGAGCUUGAAAAUAGAAUUAAAGGUAUUUUAACUAUUUCCAAAUUCACAGUUAAAAAUCAUGUUGUUACUAAUAAUACACAAAUUGGGCCUACAAAUGACGAUAUAUAA